AUGGCAGCACUUCGAGCAGCUCCUCGACCAGAUAAGCCUAAAAUACCAACAAAACCUCGACUGUAUCCGGUUGUCAAAGCUUUAUACGAUUAUGAUGCGCAAGACACGGACGAGUUAUCGUUUUCAGUCGGCGAUGAGAUCGAACUAAUGCAGAAGCACACGGACGAGUUAUCGUUUUCAGUCGGCGAUGAGAUCGAACUAAUGCAGAAACAUGAUUCCGGUUGGUGGCAAGGAAGGUUACGCGACAAAGUUGCACUAUUCCCCGCCAACUACGUCAAAGAAUAA